GGGGAAAACCCUUUCGCAUCCCUCUAUUCAUUUUCCAUCUCCGAAACUCUCUCCGCUUUGUCUCGAGCUGCAAAUGGGGAGGGGUUCAAAGCGAAAGGUCGAGAAGCAGCAGCUCGAUGAAUCGAUCGAUUCGGAAUCCGAAACCCAAAACGAGGAUUCGACUACCUUGUUACAUCCUCGAUCGAAGAAAGGCCGAAAGGUUGCACGUGACGCCGAGCUCUGUCUCGUUGGCCCACCCAUUGCGGCAGAUGAAGCCCGACGACGAUGGCCGUUGAGAUAUCAGUCAAAGAAUAAGGUUAAGAAGCAGGCUGUAACUGAGACUUCAAAUGAUGAGGAGGACGACGUACUGCAAGCAAGAAAUCAUUAUGAUAAGUCUAAGGUUGACGGUUGUCUCUACAAAUUAGGUGAUAAUGCGUAUGUUCAGGCAGAAGAUGGCAAUCUUAAUUACAUUGCCAGGAUUGUUGAAUUAUUUGAAACAAUUGAUAAAAAACCAUAUUUUAAAGCUCAAUGGUUUUAUAGGGCUGAUGAUACAGUUAUUAACAAGGAUAAUGCACAUUUGAUUGAUAAUAGACGAGUGUUUCUCUCUGACAUCCAUGAUGACAAUCCGUUGAAUUGUAUCCUCUCCAAAGUAGAAAUCGCUCAAGUUGCACCAAAUAUUGACCUAGUUGCAAAAGAGAGAACAAUCCCACUGUCUGAACUAUAUUACGAUAUGAAGUACUCCUUACCGUACUUGACAUUCAAAAAUAUAGUCACUGAAACUCCAAAAAGAGAUAGUGAUACAUCAUCAGUAGUUUCUAGUGAGUGUGGUUCGAGUGAGUGCGGUUCAAAUAAUGCUACUUCAAAAGUUGAGAGGUCUUUGCUAGAUCUAUAUUCUGGUUGUGGGGCUAUGUCCACUGGCCUUUGCAUGGGUGCCUCCUUAUCUGGUGUAAAGCUAGUCACAAGGUGGGCUGUUGACAUAAAUUCUUAUGCUUGUAAAAGUUUGCAAUGGAAUCAUCCUGAAACUAAGGUGAGAAAUGAGGCUGCAGAGGAUUUUUUGUGUUUACUAAAGGAGUGGGAAAAGUUAUGCCAGAAAUUCUCCUUGCUUGGAGCAGACAAAACACUUGAAAAUGGUUCAAGUGAAACUAGUGAUGAGGAGGAUGAUGAUGGCCAGGGAUGUGAAGAGGAAGAAGAAAAAGAAAGAGAAGAUGGAGACUCGGAGGAUUCCUCUGAAGAAUUUGAAGUUGAGAGAUUAUUGGAUAUUUGUUUUGGUGAUCCUAACCAGGUGAACAAGCCGGGAUUAUAUUUUAAGGUGCGUUGGAAGGGUUAUGAUGCAAGUUAUGAUACUUGGGAGCCUAUGAAGGGCUUGAGUAAGUGUCAAGAAAAAUUGAAGGACUUUGUAAGGAAGGGGUACAAGUCAAACAUAUUGCCUUUGCCUGGAAAUGUUUACUUUAUAUGUGGAGGGCCCCCGUGUCAAGGCAUAAGUGGGUUUAAUCGCUUUAGAAAUGGAAAUGCGCCGUUGGAUGAUAUAAAAAAUAAGCAAUUAGUGGUAUAUAUGGAUAUUAUAGAGCAUCUGAAACCGAGAUAUGUUUUAAUGGAAAAUGUUGUAGACAUUUUGAAGUUUGCUAAGGGUUUUUUGGGACGUUAUGCCAUCGGCCGUCUAGUUUCCAUGAAUUAUCAAGCUAGAAUGGGGAUGAUGGCUGCUGGAUCUUACGGGGUUGCACAAUGUAGGAUGAGGGUUUUUCUGUGGGGUGCACAUCCUUCAGAGAAAUUGCCUCAAUAUCCAUUGCCAACUCAUGAGGUUGCAUCUAGAGGACAUGUUCCAAAUGAGUUUGAGGAAAUCAAUGUUGCGUAUAGUAAAAGUGACACCUGUCAGUUGGAAAGGGCUCUUACUCUUGGUGAUGCGAUAUCUGAUCUUCCACAAGUUAACAAUGAUGAGAGUGAGGAUCAGAGGAAGUAUGGCAAAGUUGCUCGAACAGAGUUCCAAAAAUAUAUUAGAUUGCAAAGAAAGGAUGUAACAAAUUUGACAGUUGAUACUCGACAUGCAUCAUCCUUGGGAAUGCUAUAUGAUCACCGGCCGUUGCAAUUGAAUGCUGAUGAUUAUGAACGUGUUUGCCGCGUUCCAAAGAGGAAGGGUGCGAAUUUCAGAGACCUACCAGGUGUAAUAGUUGGUGAAAAUAACAGGGUAGAGUGGGACACAACAAUGGAAAGAGUGAAGCUCAAAUCUGGGAAACCAUUGGUGCCUGAUUAUGCCAUGAAGUUUGUCAAAGGGAGGUCAACCAAGCCAUUUGGUCGUUUGUGGAUGGAUGAAAUUGUUAAGACAGUAGUAACAAGGGCUAAACCUCAUAACCAGAGCAUCCUUCAUCCUUCGCAAGACAGGGUACUCACAAUCCGUGAAAAUGCUAGACUACAGGGGUUCCCGGACUGCUAUAAGCUUUUUGGGUCUAUCAAGGAGAGAUAUAUACAGGUUGGAAAUGCUGUUGCUGUUCCAGUUGCUAUUGCAUUGGGAUACGCAUUUGGUUUAGCAUGCCGAGGAGUCUCCGAUGAUGAGCCCUUGUUGAUCCUUCCUUUCAAGUUCCCAAAGUGUCUUGCACGGUCUUCACAAAUAGAAGUAGAUGAUUCUGAUUGAGGAAGUUCCAAGCAAAUACAAUUUGGAGUUUUGCCUCAUUUCCAAGAAUAACAAGAAGGAUGUUGACUGCAGAAGGACGUUUACCGGCAACGGGCAUCUCCUUUCGUGGUUCUCUAUAUAAAUCCUCGUCGGGUUGAAUUGGAUUAAGCAUGUUGUUGUGCUUUAGACUUUUAUGCAAUCAAAUGCACAAAGUGGGGGGGUGGGGGUCGGGGGCGGGGGACUGGGCUAGCACCCCCUUUGGGAUUAUUAACCAUUGCUUAGAUUCUGGGGUUAUGGUGGCAGCUUUCGACUGAACUAAGAUAUUCUCAUUAUUUAAUUUUUAAUUUAAUUAUUUCAGACAAAGUUAUUUUUUACUUUGACUCUCCAUUCUCUUCGUGAAUUUGAUGACUUUGAUGUAAAAAUAUUAUAUUAUACUAGCAGGAUAGUUUUUCAUCUUUUUACAGAAGAAAAAUGAAAGUAGAGAAGAGUCAGAACAUGCAUGCCACAUUGAUUGGCUUAUAUCUGCCACUUAAGAUUUCAUGUCCUUACGUGGCACAUGAUGUGGUCCCAAUACGAACACCCAAUCACUAUGGCUGCCAUAGUCCCACGGUAGUUUCCGUCUAACACUCUUUUAACUCUUGACCAUGUUUUGACAAGAUUUUCUUUCUCUUUGAUAGGAACAACUUCCAGUUCCAGGUUCCAAAACAGGUGAAGUCGAGAAGUUGGACUUUGUAUGCAACUCUACUCAUUCACUCUUUCAGUUGAAUCAAAGAAGCAUAGAUUCAACAUGUCCCUCACUUUAAGGCUCAGUCCCUUCCUUUCUCCACCACAAAACCAUCUGAAAUUCACAUUCAGACCCCACCCAUCCAAACCCACAGUUCUUUCACCAAAAAAAUUCACUUCUCCGCCUACAAUAAAGUGUGUCCGGGGGAACUCUGAACAUCUUCCUCUCA